AUGCCAACUCCCUCAAGCCAGGUCUCUCCACCAAUGCCGACCAUCACGGCGCCCUGCACUCUAGACACAUGUCCCCUGGACUGGGCACUCGUGCGCUACAGGCCCAGCCUCCCAGGAAAUGCUCUAUACCUGGCUCUCUUCCUCAUCAUGCUCCUCAUCCAGAUCUACCAGGGCUUCCGCUCCCGCAUUUGGUCCUAUCUCGCGUGUAUGACCUGCGGGCUCCUUCUCGAAGUCGUCGGCUACGGUGGACGUCUCAUGCUGCACUCAAACCCAUUCAAUUUCUCGAGUUUCCUCCAAUACCUCAUCUGUCUCACCAUCGGACCAGCCUUUGUCACCGCAGCCAUCUACCUGUGUUUUGGACGGGUGAUUAUCGUCUACGGUGAGGGCUUUUCGAGAAUUAAAUCAAAAACAUACGCCAUCGUCUUCGUGACCUGUGACCUGCUCUGUCUGGUUCUCCAGGCUGCAGGCGGGGCUGUCACUGCCACGGCAGGACAGGGCCAGGAUGGCCUCCGGCGCACUGGAAUCAACAUCAUGAUCGCGGGGUUGGCGGCGCAGGUUGCAUCGCUCGGGACGUUCAUGGCGCUUGCUAUCGAUUACCUGUGGAGGCUCCGGCGACAGCGACAAUCCCAAUCCUGUAUGGCAUCGUCGGGGGGGAGCUGGAAAUGGAGAGGGUUUCUCUGGGGACUGGGCAUCGCGACUUUCCUCAUCUUCAUCCGAUCGAUCUUUCGUACAGCGGAACUGAACGGCGGGUUCAGUAGUGACCUGGCGAAUGAUGAGAUCGCGUUUAUGAUCCUCGAAGGAGCGAGUAUGGUUGUCGCCUGUGGCUGUCUGAGUAUCUUCCACCCGGGGUUGAGUCUCAAAGGGCAUUGGAAGAAUCCUACUGCGCUAGCGUUGAAGACCCGACAGGACGACGGACUUCCGUUGGCGGAGAGCGAGAGAUAG